GCCUCCGCCGAGCUCAAGACUUGCUGCUACCAUGAGCCUCUUUGCGUCCACCCUGCGCCGCGCCGCCGCCAAGACGUCCACGAAGGCCUUCUCGACGUCGACGAGCUCGCUCUUCGAAGUGCUCAAGGAGCAGGUCCCGCUCCGCCAGGAAGCCAUGAAGAAGCUCAAGGCCGAGCACGGCAACAAGGUGCUCGGCGAAGUCACGGUCGACCAGUGCAUUGGCGGUGCCCGUGAUGUCAAGUGCAUGCUCUGGGAAACCUCGCUCCUCGAUGCCGAGGAGGGUAUCCGCUUCCGCGGCUACACGAUCCCGGAGCUCCAGAAGAAGCUCCCGACCGCCGUCGAGGGCGGUGAGCCGCUCCCGGAAGGCCUCAUCUGGCUGCUCUUGACGGGUGAGAUCCCGUCGAAGGCCCAGGCCGACAGCUUGACGGCCGAGUUCCACGCUCGCUCCAAGCUCCCGGACCACGUCAAGGCCGUGCUCUGCGACUUGCCCAAGAACAUGCACCCGAUGACGCAGUUCUCGAUCGCCAUCAUGGCCAUGCAGACGGACAGCAUCUUUGCCCGCAAGUACCAGGAGGGUAUCCACAAGUCGACGUACUGGCACCACACGUACGAAGACAUGCUCAACGUCAUUGCCCGCAUCCCGGAGAUCGCCGCCACGAUCUACCGCAACUCGUACUUUGACGAGUGCCUCGACAUGCAGUACGACUCGUCGGUCGAUUACGCCGCCAACUUCGCGCGUCUCCUCGGCUACAACGACCCGCAUUUCGACGAGCUCAUGCGCCUCUACCUCGUGAUCCACAGCGACCACGAGGGCGGUAACGCCAGCGCGCACACGACGCACCUUGUCGGCUCGACGCUCGCGGACCCGUACCUCUCGGUGGCCGCCGGCCUCAACGCCCUUGCCGGCCCGCUCCACGGCCUCGCCAACCAGGAAGUGCUUGGCUGGAUCAUGGACCUCGACGAAGAGUUCAAGUCGAAGAACCUUGCCGUGAACAAGGAAACGAUCACGCAGUUCGCUUGGGACACGCUCAACUCGGGCAAGGUCAUCCCGGGCUACGGCCACGCCGUGCUCCGCAAGACGGACCCGCGCUACUCGUGCCAGCGCGAGUUCGCCCUCAAGCACAUGCCCGAGGACCGCCUCUUCCAGAUCGUCGAAACUAUUUACCAGGUCAUGCCGGGUGUCUUGACGGAACACGGCAAGACGAAGAACCCGUACCCGAACGUCGACUCGCACUCGGGCGUGCUUCUCCACCACUACGGCCUCACGCAGAAGAACUACUACACGGUGCUCUUCGGUGUCUCGCGCGCCAUGGGUGUGCUCUCGCAGCUCUUCUGGGACCGCGCGCUCGGCCUCCCGCUCGAGCGCCCCAAGUCGGUCACGUCGGAAUGGAUCAACAACAACUUCAAGAAGUAAGCGCGCCUCCAACCACGACUGUACUCGUAGUAUACUAUUACUAUCUAACACACAAAUCACACGAGAUGGGCUAUAUUCCACCACGG